GACGUGUUUGCAGUGCAAUUUCUUCGACAUUACAAAGAAAACGAAUAAUUGGUUUAAAUUGCAUGCUCUACAGUUAUGGAAGAUCCCGUGUUUAAACAAAAGUACCAGAAAUAUAAGCUAAGAGUAAAGCUGUGGGAAAAAGACUUUAAGAAAAAACAUGGACGGGUCCCUUCCAAGUAUGAUAUACGGGAGGCUUCCCAGGAUAUAAGGGACUCUUACAAAAUGUACUAUAAACUUAAAACUACGUUCCUUGAAGAUACUCUAAAUGAUGUGUUAUCCGAUGAUGGUUUUGAUGUUCUGGAAAUGUCACAACUAUCACAGAGGGAGGGCGAUCUAGAUAUCAGUCUAACCGAGGACAGUAUUAAUGGAGGGCCCAAGUUGCCAAUAGAUAUAAGCAGUUUGGUUGCAGCUCAGGAAGAUUUGGCAAACACGUUCAAACCGAAUGACCACUCAGUGGCUUUUUCCAAUGUUCAUCAGUUGCCAGAAGAUGCAUCUGUUUUCAGCACUACUAAUGUUCCAAAUAGUAACGAAAAUCGAGUUUUAAAAGAAUUCGAAGCUGUGGAAGAAAUUGAUUUGAAUAAAAAUGCAUGGGGCACUAAAGUGUCCAUGAAACCAAGCGCAAAAGUGAAAAAGGAAGAUGAAGCAACGCGCCGAAGUCUUAAACCAAACUUCAAUGAAAAGCUUUUCAACAAUUCAUCUUUUUCCAAAAGAAAUCCACGAAAAUCUGUUUCAAAGUCUAGCUUGGAAAAUUCUUUAAGGGGCACUCAAAGCUCUUUAAGCAAUUCCUUGAUUACAACCAAAGAAAUUUUGCCGGAUUUGGAAACCAUACUGUUGCAAAAGGCAAAGGAACAACAAGCGGCAGCAACCAUAAAUGCCAAUCCACUUCUAGCUGUUGACAAAUCAAGCGAUAUGGUUAAAACACAAGUUGAUGAGGGUUGGCUCGAGAGAAAUGCAGUGCAGAUUGGUCUAGAACCGAGACCCUCUAAUAGCGUUAAAAAAGUUAUUGAUCACAGCCAAAAAGCUCAAUCCACUCCUCCCCGCAAGAGCACAUACGGAUUGUCCAACAUAGAUAUAACUAAGCUGCAAACAAGUGUCGAACUCAGAAGAGAUGACUCCAAAGGUACAGAGUUUAAUCCAGAAAUAGAUACGUCAUCUGGGCUUACGUCAGAAAAUCCCACUAUCAAACCCUCAAACGAAGUGACCACAAAAUCAAAGAAAAGGCAAACCAAAAUGAAAGAUUCAGACUCAGAUUCCAUGGUGGGUGAUAGUGAGGAAGAAAACGAAUCUCAAGAAUAUCGUCAUAUAGUGAAACGAAGAAGAGUAGUCUCUUCGACAUCUCCCAAGGAACAAAAUAAAGACAUCGCAUCUGAACAAACUUCACAGCCUUUAAAAACGGAAGAGAACCUGAAACCGCCAAAUGCAUUAGAAGAUACUGAAGAAGAAGAUAUUUACGCUGAUGCAGGUUCGGAUGAGGAUGCAGACUAUGAGCAACCACAAAAAACGCAAAGAAAACGUGCUGUAACUAAACGAAGGACUGCAAAAAAACCAAACGCAACAACGACGUCUAAGAAAUCUGAAACAAAAAUCAAAGAAACCGUCUUGGACGAUAAAGAAGAAGCUUCGUUAGGUCCUGAAGACACAGAUGUUAAGGUGGAAACAAAGAAGUCUACUGCUAAAAGCCGGACUACUAGAAAGGCCAAAAAACCUUCUCCCAAGAAUUCAGACAGUAGUAAAACCAAGGUUGCCGCAAAGAUUCAAAGGGUUUCAGGGAGAAAUGCAUCGAAAUUAAAGGAGUCUGUCGAUGGUGCCGAAGAACCGGAAGAGGUGCCUCUAGACCCAGAAGAUUUGAAAUAUGUACUGGCACUAGAAAGAGGUGAUAUAACAUCUGUACCACGCAUUAAACAAACUGAUCUCGACAAAGCAGAUCACUUGGCCCAACAAUAUAUCAACAAAAUAGUUUCCAUUGGAGGUGCCACCGCAAAGCCAAUUCCUGUAACUGCAGCUGAAGAGAAAAGGGCUGCUGCCAAGCGUAAAUUGGAAGAGAAAAUUGCCAGCGGCAAACUGAAUGAGAACUUUGUUACCAUCAAUAUACAGAAAAAGACCUUUGUGCGGGGGAAAAAAACGGUUAAUUACUCCAAAUACAAGAAAAAGUUAUGGAAGGAUAAAAAACGUGUUGCAGCUUUAACUGGGCCCGAUAUGGAUAUGCGUGGCUGUGAUGGUGGUACCUUAAAAUGUUUCACGUGCGGUCAAACUGGACAUUUUGCACAAAAUUGCAAAGUAAAGGGCGAUUCAUUGUUGCCUUUGACAGCACAGUUGGAAGAAGACCCAUCACCUUUUCCCACAUUGGAAGAGUCCGAACAGAUGGCCAGUCAGUCGGCGUUGGCUGCGCAUAGUAGAAAUAUAUCAAAACUGCCGCAGGCAGCUAAUGCCGCAAUUUAUCGGACUGAUCAACACAAAGAAGACAGUGAAGAUGACAAUGAAGAGCCCAAUAAUGUUCCUGCUAAUCAAUGUUCAAGUGAUGAUGAUGAAAACGAGCAAGGUGACCAUCAAGGUGCGGAAGAUAUUCUUAUGGAAACCGACGAAGAGCUCGACACUUUUGAUGUAGAUUCAGCUGCAAAAGCUAAUGAAAAAUCACCUAUUAAAAAUUAUGUGGGCCACAAGAUACCUGAAGCAUUUUUAAAGGCAGCUGGUUUAGAUGUCAAUGACACAACUUCUUCAGGCAAUGCUCCGUCCAAGUUUGGAGGGGUGGAGCCACUUUACGAUCUUAAUGCGGAUGGUACCGUCAUAGAAGCCACACCGGAAGUCUUGGAAGUUUUAAGAAUGUUCGGCCAUACAAAUUUCCGCAAAGGACAAGAUCGUGCGGUUAUGCGUAUUCUUUCUGGAAUGUCCACGCUGGUCACUUUGUCAACCGGCAGCGGAAAAUCGUUGUGUUAUCAACUCCCCGCUUAUAUAUACUCGCGGCAAAGAAAAGCUAUUACAUUGGUUAUAUCACCGCUGGUAUCCUUAAUGGAAGAUCAGGUUACAGGCGUUCCACAUUUCUUGAGGGCCCACUGUUUGCACACUAAUCAGACGCCUCAGCAAAGGAUUAAAAUAAUGCAGUUGAUAGCUGAUGGUGAAAUUGAUGUCUUGUUAGUAUCCCCCGAAGCCGUUGUGUCUGGUGAACGAUCCACCGGCUUCGGUUCAAUCCUGCGCCAACUACCACCCAUAGCAUUCGCUUGUAUCGAUGAGGCCCAUUGUGUUUCGCAGUGGAGCCAUAACUUCCGUCCCAGUUACCUAAUGAUUUGCAAAGUGCUGAAGAAGAAUUUGGGUGUAAAAUGUGUUUUGGGUUUGACGGCCACUGCCACCUUGCCCACCCGCUUGAGUAUAAUCAAUCAUCUCGGUAUUCCCGAUGGAGAGCGAGGCAUCAUCAGCGAUAUUCCACUUCCGGAUAAUUUAAUACUUUCCGUAUCGAAGGAUGAAAACAAAGACACUGCUCUACUGCAGUUACUUCUAAGUAAACGAUUUGAAAGUUGUCAUUCGAUCAUAGUGUAUUGCACACGGCGAGAUGAAUGUGAGCGUGUGGCAGCUUUUUUGCGUACCUGCUUGCAAGAUCGCAAAGCCAUGCAACCAGAAAAUGAUAAAAAGAAACGAAAACGUGUGAACUGGCAUGCCGAACCGUAUCACGCUGGCAUGAAUGCUUCAAGGCGCCGCACCAUACAAAAUGCAUUUAUGAAGAAUGAAUUGCGCAUUGUUGUGGCCACCAUUGCUUUCGGCAUGGGCAUUAACAAGCCCGACAUUCGAGCCGUCAUUCACUACAAUAUGCCACGCAAUUUCGAAAGCUACGUCCAAGAGGUGGGUCGUGCUGGACGCGACAAUCAAAUAUCACACUGCCACUUGUUCCUCGAUGCCAAUGGAAGUGACACAAAUGAGCUAAGACGUCACAUCUAUGCAAAUUCCUUAGAUCGUCAUGUCAUACGAAAACUUUUGCAACGAAUUUUUGUGCCCUGUUCGUGCGAUAAAAAUUUGAAAGAUGGUGUCCAUGUUAAACCUAUUGCAACCACAUCAAAGCCAUCUAACAAUAGUCAUCAACUGGCUGAUGUUGAUGCCUCCAAUUUUGGCAAUAUGCAUGGCGAAAUUGAUGGUACCAUUUCAAAACCGCGUCAUCAUGUCUGUCCGGGUCAUGAAAUUGGAUUUUCUAUCGAACAAACUGUGGAAGCUUUGGACAUACCAUCGGAGAACAUAUCCACAUUGCUAUGUUAUAUGGAGCUUGACAAUCGUUGGUGCAUGAAUGUUCUCAGUUCUGCCUAUAUAAAGGCGAAAAUUAUUUCAUACGGUGGACCCAAGUACCUCAAACAUGCGGCCAAAGAAUGUCCCCCAUUAGCUAUGGCUAUAGCACUGGAAAUUAAAAAUGGUACCUUUAAGGAAGAUGCAAACAUCAUAGAGUUCUCUGUGGUGGACAUAUCAGCUGCCAUAGGAUGGAAUAGUGGAGUAGUAAAGUAUCAGCUGAAAAACUUGGAAUGGGUUCAAGUAAAUGGCUAUCCAAAAAGGUCCCCCAUAACAGUCAGUUUUUAUGAAUUGGGAUUUCGUAUAAAGGCUCCAGGAGAUUUUACAAUUGAGGAAAUUGAUGAUGCCCUAGAUAUUCUGUAUAAUCGUUGUGUGAAACAAGAGAAAACUCAAUUAAUUCAGCUGCAAUAUGUUUUUCAAGGCUUGUCUUCGGUGGCAUAUAACAGUCAUGUGCCUUGCUGUAGCGAAAACUUUUCUCACGAUAGGUCAGAUCAAUUGAAGGCCAUAAUACGUGAUUACUUCCGCAAUGAUUAUCCCAAGGAUUUGAAACUAGAGAUAGAGGAGUCAAAAGUUUCAGAUGGUGAUAUUGAAUCGGAUGUUAUAGCUCUGAUUAAUAUGUAUCCGGAAAAUAACUUUACUGGUCGCAAUGUGGCUCGACUCUUUCAUGGCAUUUCGAGUCCCAAUUAUCCAGCUGUUAUGUGGCAUAGGUGCAAAUUUUGGCGUGCCCAUUCAAAGACUGAUUUUAAUCGAAUUGUACGUUUGGCCAAUGGCGUCAUUGUAAAAAUGCGUACAUGAGUAGUUGUUUUAUUUUUUUCAUUCUAAAUGUUUUACAUGUGCAGAGUCCAUAUCACAGGGCCAUUGUCAAAAAAGUGGAUUUUAUGUGAUUUUGAUGUUGUUAGAUAUGUAUUGUUUUUAUUCUAUUGUUUAUUGCAAAAUUACAUAUGCGAUUAUAAGAGAGCAAAUCAAAAAUCAACUUUUUGUU